CCACGCGCGUCCCACACCACAAGGACGUGGUACUUGCCGCAUUUCGCAGUCGUAAACGCUCUAAAGCCCGACAAAUUGCGAGUUGUACACGACGCAGCAGCCAAAACAAAAGGUACGACUUUGAAUGAGAAUCUAUUAACAGGGCCGGAUUUGUUACAGCCUCUUCCCGCAGUGUUAUUAAGAUUCCGGGAACAUCCCGUCGCUGUAACAGCGGACAUCACGGAGAUGUUCAUGCAGGUGGGACUACGCGAGGAAGAUCGCGACGCACUGCGCUACCUCUGGCGGGGAAACCGCCGAGAUAGCCGGCCGCCAGAGGUGUACCGAAUGAAGGUAUUAAUCUUUGGCGCAUCGUGCUCUCCUGCGACGGCGAUAUACGUCAUGAAUCGCAACGCGGAGAGACACCGACACACGCAUCCUGAGGCUGUCGAGGCGAUCAAGAAGAAACACUACAUGGACGACUACCUCGACAGCUAUGAAGAUGAACACAGGGCGAUAACAAUCGCUACUCAGGUGCGUAACAUACACAGAGAAGCUCACUUUGAACUAAGGAAGUGGACGAGUAACUCGCCCGCGGUGUUGAAGGCGCUCGGCGAAUCGCCCAAUGCAACCGAAGCGGUGGAAAUAGAAAGGACUGAACGAGUCCUAGGCCUUAUUUGGAGGCCGCAAGAAGACAGGUUGGCGUUCAACCUAGACUUGGCCCGCAUACCGUCGAACCUACUGAGGCGAGAAGCACCCACGAAGAGAGAAGCAUUGAAAAUAGUAAUGUCGUUGUUUGAUCCCCUAGGGUUGGUGUCGCCGAUAACUGUGCGGGCUAAACAGCUAUUACAGGAGGUGUGGCGACGCGGCACCGAUUGGGACGACCCGAUCGACGACGAACUGUCCGCCGCCUGGGUGAACUGGCUCACCCAUUUGAAGCAACUCAGCGGCGUAACAGUGCCGCGCUGCUAUCCCGGCUACUCCCGAGCGAGAAAACUCCAACUCCACGUGUUCACCGACGCCAGCGAGUCAGCCUACGCGACCGCGCUCUACUGGCGCGCCGAGGACGACGACGGACGAGUCACAGUCACGUUACUGGCGGCCAAGGCAAAGCAGAAUUUCAGCCGCCACGGGAGUAAGCGCCGCAACAAAGAACCCUCCGAUCGUCGAUGGCGAACAUCGGGCAACGAAACUGUGGGUGGAACAUGUCCACACACAACUCCACCAUGCAGGCGUGGAGAGCGUCGUCAAUUACUGUCGGCAGUACAAAUGGGUCAUUCGACUGCGCCCGACGGUCAAGGCGGUGGUCAGGAGCUGCGUCAAGUGCCGCCAGAGGGCGGCCACUCCACCGCAACCGAUAACGGGAGACUUGCCUCCCUGCCGACUGGCGCAUCAUCACCGGCCGUUUACAUACACCGGUUUGGACUAUUUCGGCCCGCUCACAGUCACCGUGGGCCGGAGUAG